UUUCAAAUCCAACAUGGCAGCCCUGAGGAUAGCAUGUUCAGGGUUAAAUGCCCUUUAUUCCUCUCUCUGCGCCCCAAAGCAGGCCCUGAGGAGCUGCUGGGGGUCUGUGGAGCAGGUGAGAGGUUACUACGUUAACUGGAGGAUGCUGAGGGAUGUCAAGAGAAGGCAGAUGGCCUUUGAUUAUGCUGAUGAGAGGCUACGGAUCAAUGCACUGAGAAAGAACACCAUCCUACCCAAAGAGCUUCAGGAAGUGGCAAAUAAAGAAAUUUCAGCACUACCCAGAGACAGCUGCCCUGUGAGAAUACGCAACAGGUGUGUGAUGACUUCCCGACCCCGGGGAGUGAAGCGGAGGUGGCGAGUGAGCCGCAUUGUCUUCCGUGAUCUAGCUGAUCACAACCAGAUGUCUGGGAUUCUGAGGGCAAGGUGGUGAUUCUGGGUGUAUGGGACACUACAGUCGGAUUGGAUCAUGAAAAACAGGCUGUGACAAUGGCUAUGAUCAGAAGAGCAGGACAUCACCAUUCAAUAUUGACUUGUUUUGGAGUCUUUAAAGGUAUUGACUAUAAUAAAACAGUUCCACCACCACCCACAAAAGCCUGGAACGUGUUAUAGUGAAUUCACUGAGAUUACUACAGCAUGUUUCCAGUAUUUCUAUAUGAUAACAAGGAGAUGAGUAUGUCAUUUCUGUAGAUUGUUUGUCCAUGUUUCCUUAUUGCUCUUCUAAAUAUGAAAAAGUGGACCACAUGCCCAUGUAACUAACUGUAUGCAGAAAUGGAUAAAUAAAUAUUGUUGCACAUCA